CGCACGCGUCUCCCAGCAUUCAGUUGGCGCGCGGGCGGCGGGCACCUCGGUCUGUCCAGCUGCGGCGGCUGAGUGGACGGAGGCUGUUGGCCGCUGCGCCGACGCGGACCGGGUGGAGGGAGAGGCCGCCGCUGCACACCCUCCAGCCAUGAAGCCCCCCGCAGCCUGUGCAGGAGAUGCCCUGGACGUGGCGGCGCCGUGCUCUGCUGUGAACUACCUCCGGUGGGACCUGAGCGCCCAGCAAAUCGGGGAGCUCACCACCGAGCUCAUUGAGCAGACCAAGCGCGUGUACGACCGCGUGGGCUCCCAGGAGCUCCAGGACGUGUCCUACGAGAACACGCUCAAGGCACUGGCCGACGUGGAGGUGUCCUACACAGUUCAGAGGAACAUCCUGGACUUCCCCCAGCACGUCUCUCCCUCCAAGGACGUGCGCACGGCCAGCACGGAGGCGGACAAGAAGCUGUCGGAGUUUGACGUGGAGAUGAGCAUGCGGCAGGACGUGUACCAGCGGAUCGUGUGGCUGCAGGAGAAGGUCCAGAAGGACACGCUGAGGCCAGAGGCGUCACGGUACCUGGAGCGGCUGAUCAAGCUGGGCAGGAGGAACGGGCUCCACCUGCCGGAGGAGACGCAGGAGAAAAUCAAGAGCAUCAAGAAGAAGCUGAGUCUCCUGUGCAUUGACUUCAACAAGAACCUAAACGAGGACACGACCUUCCUGCCCUUCACGCGCGAGGAGCUGGGAGGGCUCCCUGAGGACUUCCUGAACUCGCUGGAGAAGACCGAGGAUGCGAAGUUGAAGGUCACCCUCAAGUACCCACACUACUUCCCCCUCCUGAAGAAAUGCCAUGUGCCCGAGACCAGGAGGAAGGUGGAGGAGGCCUUCAACUGUCGGUGCAAGGAGGAGAACUGCGUCAUCCUCAGGGAGCUGGUGAGGCUGCGGGCCCAGAAGUCUCGCCUGCUGGGCUUCAGCACGCACGCCGACUACGUGCUGGAGAUGAACAUGGCCCAGACCAGCCAGGUGGUGGCCGCUUUCCUAGACGAGCUCGCACAGAAGCUGAAGCCGCUCGGGGAGCAGGAGCGGGCCGUGAUCCUGGAGCUGAAGAAGGCGGAGUGCGAGCAGCGGGGCCUGCACUUCGACGGGCGCAUCAACGCCUGGGACAUGCGCUACUACAUGAACCAGGUGGAGGAGACGCGCUACCGCGUGGACCAGAACCUGCUCAAGGAGUACUUCCCCAUGCAGGUCGUCACGCGGGGGCUGCUGGGCAUCUACCAGGAGCUGCUGGGCCUGACCUUUGACCUGGAGGAGGGCGCCGCCGUGUGGCACGAGGACGUGACGCUCUACGCCGUCCGGGACGCGGCCUCGGGCGCGGUCGUCGGCAAGUUCUACCUGGACUUGUACCCUCGGGAGGGCAAGUACGGGCACGCGGCCUGCUUCGGGCUGCAGCCGGGCUGCCUGCGGCAGGACGGGAGCCGGCAGAUCGCCGUCGCGGCCAUGGUGGCCAACUUCACCAAGCCCACGCCCGACGCGCCCUCGCUGCUGCAGCACGACGAGGUGGAGACCUACUUCCACGAGUUCGGGCACGUGAUGCACCAGCUCUGCUCGCAGGCCGAGUUCGCCAUGUUCAGCGGGACGCACGUGGAGCGAGACUUUGUGGAGGCCCCUUCGCAGAUGCUGGAGAACUGGGUGUGGGAGGCGGAGCCGCUGCUCAGGAUGUCCCAGCACUACCGCACGGGCAGCGCCAUCCCCCAGGAGCUGCUGGACAAGCUCAUCAAGUCCCGGCAGGCCAACACGGGCCUCUUCAAUCUGCGCCAGAUCGUCCUGGCCAAGGUGGACCAGGCCCUGCACACGCAGACGGCCACGCAGACGGCCGCAGACCCGGCCGAGGAGUACGCCCGUCUCUGCCAGGAGAUCCUCGGGGUCCCAGCCACGCCAGGGACCAACAUGCCUGCGACCUUCGGCCACCUGGCAGGCGGCUACGACGCGCAGUACUACGGCUACCUGUGGAGCGAGGUGUACUCCGCUGACAUGUUCCACACGCGCUUCAAGCAGGAGGGCGUCCUGAGCAGCAAGGUUGGCAUGGACUACAGAAGCUGCAUCCUGAGGCCUGGUGGCUCCGAGGACGCCAGUGUCAUGUUGAAGCUCUUCCUGGGUCGUGAUCCCAAGCAGGACGCCUUCCUCCUGAGCAAAGGGCUGCAGGUUGAGGGCUGCGAGCCGCCGGCCUGCUGACGGUGCAGGGUUCUGCCCACCUGGGCGGGCUGGGCCGCGUGCUCCCCGCCCAGGUGCCUUAGUGCCCAGCCGGGGUGGGGCAGGGGCUGCGUGUCCUCCCAGCCCCCGGGUCCCUGGCGGCUGGCCUGGGCUGAAAGUCCCCGCCUGGAGGUGCCUGGAGAGCCGGGCUUCGAGGCUUGUCUUUGUUGCACUAAUGCAGCCCCUUCCCGGGAGGUUUUCCUGGUUACAGAACGGUUCUACGAAACUCAGCCAUUAAAACAAGACUCCAGUCCUGG